AUGCUUCGCCUUGCGCAACCUACUCGGAGACUCAUGAUUAUUGAUGCUUCGCCUCCUGUUCAUAGUGGUCUUACAGGGCCGUUAGACCGCUCUCUAUUUCGUAGAACUAUUCCUAUUCUGGCAGCACGGUUUCCAGCAACGAAACUCGGGCAACUCCGCAAGACUCCUGCAAUGAACGGAGUACUCAUGGACCUGCCACGGCUUCGCCUCAUCGAACCCGAUCCUACUGAUCCUGCUGGCAACACGAAAUUGGUUUUGCUAAAAGCGACAUCCGAAGAGGAUAUUUCUGGGCCAACACGGGAAUUCUUGCAGGCCGAAUCAAGUGGACUGGUUCCCUAUUCACUAGAGCUAAGUUACGACUAUUGGACGGCAGAUGAAUUGAUUCAAUCCAUUGUUCCGGAGGACCUGCGAGAUCGCUCUCCCACAGGCUUCUCGUCCACCGGCCAUGUCGCCCAUGUCAAUCUCAAAGACGAAUAUCUACCCUAUAAACAUCUCAUUGGACAGAUUAUCCUAGAUAAAAAUAACUCGAUUAGGACGGUGGUGAAUAAACUCAACACUAUCGACAGCCAAUUCCGUGUUUUCAAGAUGGAACUUCUGGCGGGAGAUCCGGACUACGUGGUAGAGCAUCAAGAAGCUGAUUGUCGUUUCACAUUCGACUUCUCUCAGGUUUACUGGAACUCGAGGCUUCAUACUGAGCAUGAACGAGUCGUAAAAAUGUUCAAUCCAGAAGACGUUGUUGCGGAUGUUUUUGCUGGUGUUGGUCCGUUUGCCAUCCCUGCCGCCAAAAAAGGCUGCGCUAUCCUCGCAAACGACCUCAACCCGCAAAGCGUUAAAUACCUGAACUUGAAUGUCCACAACAAUCGGGUCUCUGAUGUUGUCAGGGUGUCCUGCGAAGACGGCCGCGAAUUUAUUAGAACUGCUGUCACCCGUCUUAUCGCCGACCCGCUACCUCCUUACACCGGGCCCAAGAAGAGCAAAACCAAAGAAAAUCAAGAGCGCAAGAACAAACACAGGCUUGUUGAAGGGUCUCCGCGAAAUCGCAUCUCGCAUUUCGUCAUGAACCUGCCUGAUUCCGCCAUCCAAUUCUUGGACGCUUUCCGUGGCAUCCUCUGUACCCCCGCCGCUGAGGGAAUUUACACGAGUCUUCCAAUGAUCCAUUGUCAUUGCUUCACACGAGAAAUAGACCCAGUCGCUGCCCACGCUGACAUUCUCCAGAGAGUAUCUGACAAAUUGGGCCAUCAGCUCACCGAUUUUUCCCUGCAUUUGGUCCGCUCCGUAGCACCCAACAAAGAAAUGUACUGUAUUAGCUUCCAGCUGCCACGCCAAGUCGCGUUCAAUACUUCAAAACCUUUCCCGAUACCCCGACUAGACGCCGUAUUGGCGGAUCGAAACAUGGCCUCUGCUGUCUCAGAUAAUGGCUCGCUGUCCUCUGUAAUCCGAAAGGCGGUUACUGUGCCUGAAUCCGAGCUAAAACGUUGGCGGCGCACUUUCGAGACGAAUGCAAAGGUGGUGAACGGAGAAAAGUAUCUAGACCUCGAGAGCUUUGUCAAUGCUAUUGCGCCCUCCGGGGACCUCAGCAAAAUCGGUCGCGCACAGUUUGGCAUUCUCUUCCGGGUGGCAGACACGUCGAAACGCGGGCUGGUGUCCUGGGAAGACUUCACUGUCUUUGAGACCCUCCUCAAGCGGCCUGACGCCGACUAUUGGAUAGCGUUCCAAUACUUCGAUGUCGACAACUCUGGCUUCAUCGACUACAACGAGUUCAAGACCGUCUUCAGCGCCAACAUUGGGGCAGAUGCCAUCCCGUUCGACUUUGACUGCGACUGGGUCAAACUAUACUUGGGCAAAAAGAACGGAUCCCACGUUCUAGGAUACCAUGAAUUCACCCAAUUAAUGAAGGGCCUCCAGGGCGAGCGCCUCCGACAAGCUUUCCGAUAUCUAGACAAAGACCAAGACGGUUUUAUCUUACCCGAACAAUUUAAACAAAUAAUACUAGUGCGGAGCCCUUCUUUGCUCAUCAAGCUCGAUUCUGACCAGUCUGUCCAGGAAAUUGCUGGCCAUAAACUCUCCGAUGCCGUCAUCCAACGGUUGCCAACUCUCUGCACCCUUAGUCCCGGACAACGCAUAUCUUACUCUGAGGUUAUCGCCUUCCAUAAUGUUAUUAGAGAAAUGGAUAUGGUCGAGCGUAUAAUACGAGAAGCGACAACGAAGUCCAAGGACGGGCGCAUAGACCAAUCCGACUUCCUGGACUAUGCAGCGUCGAGCUCGCGCUAUUCGUUGUUCACCCCCAUGGAGGCUUCAAUAGUGUUUCACUUUGCUGGACGUGGUCUUGCCGCUCAGCGACUGGCUUUGAUCGACUUUGCUCAACUCCUAGAUCCGAGAUGGCGCGCUCCUCAUGAUGAGUUUGCGGAGAAGGCGGCCGCUCCGAAAUCCUUCCUCAAGGGUUUCUUCCACUCGGCAUACAAUUUUGUUCUCGGCGGUAUUGCUGGCGGUAUUGGAGCCACGAUUGUCUACCCGAUUGACAUGGUUAAGUUUAGAAUGCAAAAUCAACGGAGUACAGUUGUUGGUCAAAUGCUGUACAAGAAUAGCAUGGAUUGCGCCCAAAAAAUUCUCCGAAACGAAGGAUUCCUAGGUUUUUAUCGGGGGCUGGGUCCGCAGCUGAUUGGCGUUGCACCAGAGAAAGCGAUCAAGCUCACCGUCAACGAUGCUAUUCGUGGACUAAGCACCGACCCUGAAACAGGACGCAUCAAAUUAUUCUGGGAGUUGGUCGCUGGUGGCACUGCGGGAGGCUGCCAAGUGGUGUUCACGAAUCCAUUGGAGAUUGUGAAAAUUCGUUUGCAGGUACAGGGCGAGGCUGCCAAAGCAGAAGGAUUUGCACCCAAAGGUGCUGUCCAUAUCAUCCGUCAGCUCGGUGUGCUCGGUCUCUACAAGGGCGCUAGCGCCUGUCUCCUACGCGAUAUUCCCUUCUCCGCCAUUUACUUUCCGACUUAUGGACAUCUCAAGAAAGACUUGUUCCAUGAAGGUCACAAUGGCAAAGAGCUCUCGUUUCUGGAGCUGUUGGCCUCAGCGGGCAUUGCUGGGAUGCCUGCAGCCUACCUAACAACGCCAGCAGAUGUCGUCAAGACUCGCUUGCAGGUGGAGGCACGUAAGGGGCAGACACAUUACCAGGGCCUUCGCGAUGCAUUUGUGAAAAUCUAUCGGGAGGAAGGGUUUCGUGCUCUCUUCAAAGGUGGACCUGCACGAAUUAUUCGGAGCAGUCCUCAGUUUGCCUUUACCCUUAUGUCCUAUGAGAUGUUCAAGAAGAUGAUGCCGUACCCUUGGGAGGACAAACCGCGACAGGUGGAGACGGCGCUCACCAUGAAACCGGACGAAAUGAGUCGUGUUAGGGCAAGGAAUGCGCUCAAAAUAUUGCUGGAUGUUCAUGGGGAUUUUGCGCGCAGAGGCGGGCGUAGGGAAGCAUAA